ACAGGUUCCUCGCAGCCGCUAAGGAGAUGUAACAGCACUCGACCAGGCUGGGGGAGCUGGUCGGUAAAUAAAGCCGCCUUCCCUCCGGCUGCGAGGCCUUGCUUUUUUAACUUCCCGGCGACACUAGGUUUGGAGGGUUUCCGGCCGGAGGCCAUUAGAUGGGACACCCGGAAGGCGGAAGUCCCAGGGCGGAAGUGGCCGAGAGGAACGGAGAAUGGCGGCGGAAGGCUGGUUUUGCCGCUGGGGCUGGGGCCGGCGGUGCCCGGGGAGGCCUGGGCUUCCCGGCCCUGGCCCUGGCCCCACUACACCUCUACUUCUUUUUCUGUUGCUGGGGCCGGUUGUUGCAGAUAUAACUGACGGCAACAGUGAACACCUCAAGCGGGAGCAUUCGCUUAUCAAGCCCUACCAAGGGGUCGGUUCCAGCUCCAUGCCUCUCUGGGAUUUCCAAGGCAGCACUAUACUCACGAGCCAGUACGUGCGUUUGACCCCUGAUGAGCGCAGCAAAGAGGGCUCUAUCUGGAACCACCAGCCUUGCUUCCUCAAGGACUGGGAGAUGCAUGUCCACUUCAAAGUCCACGGUGCAGGGAAGAAGAAUCUCCAUGGAGAUGGCAUUGCCUUGUGGUAUACCCGGGACCGCCUUGUGCCAGGGCCUGUGUUUGGAAGCAAAGACAACUUCCAUGGCCUAGCCAUCUUCUUGGACACAUAUCCCAAUGAUGAGACCACAGAGCGUGUGUUCCCGUACAUCUCGGUGAUGGUGAACAAUGGCUCCCUGUCCUACGACCAUAGCAAGGAUGGCCGCUGGACUGAGCUGGCAGGCUGCACGGCUGACUUCCGCAACCGCGAUCAUGAUACCUUCCUGGCUGUUCGCUACUCCCGUGGCCGUCUGACGGUGAUGACCGACCUAGAGGACAAGAACGAGUGGAAGAAUUGCAUCGACAUCACAGGAGUGCGCCUGCCCACUGGCUACUACUUUGGAGCCUCGGCUGGCACCGGAGACCUGUCUGACAAUCAUGACAUCAUCUCCAUGAAACUGUUCCAGCUGAUGGUAGAACAUACGCCUGAUGAAGAGAACAUUGACUGGACCAAGAUUGAGCCCAGUGUCAAUUUCCUCAAGUCACCCAAAGACAAUGUGGAUGACCCGACGGGAAACUUCCGCAGCGGGCCCCUGACGGGGUGGCGGGUGUUCCUGCUGCUGCUAUGUGCGCUCCUGGGCAUCAUCGUGUGCGCCGUGGUGGGGGCCGUAGUGUUUCAGAAGCGGCAGGAGCGGAACAAGCGAUUCUACUGAGCGGCCGGCGCUCUGCUCUGGGGAAGGCCUGGUUUUGGGCCCCGGCACUAAUGUGAACUUUUUUUUACUGAGAUUGUAAAAGAAAAACAAGAUGACCUUAUUUCUUAACCGUUUCAAAGAAAUAAUUAAAGUAUUUUCGUACAUUUUGCUUCUUGCCCAGCAGGGAUAAGCUGCAGGGCUGGGGAAUAGGGUUUGGCAUCCCCACACCUGGGGCAGAGGUCCUCCCCCAUCUCAGGAGCAGGGAGGAGUCUGCCUGGAGCUGGGCCCUGGCAGGUGGCUCUUGAACACUGGAGGGCCCCCCAACCACAUUGUGGUGAGUGUCUGACGAUGCAAGCAGUGAUUUUGUUCUGUGCGGUGUGUGUUGGUGGAAAAGGAGGCUGACUGGGAAACCUGGGCCUUUCUGGUCACCCUCUGAGCUUCUUCCCAAGGCAGAGCCUCGAGUGAGGCUGGAGGAGCAAUUUGGUGGGACUCAGAGUGUGACCGUUUGCUAAAUAAAGUGAAAUAACCAACCUCA